AUGAACGAGACACAGAGGUGGAAGGCGCAGGAUCCCCAGAAGCCGAUCCCAGGAUGCAUGGGGGGGAUGAUUAACAUCUUCAGCUCGAGUGCGGGAAUGGCUGGAACGAAGAUGCUUACAGACAGACCUCAUCGAGAUGGUGAGCUAUUCAACCAGAUUCCUUUCCUCUGUGCUUUCCUCUCAGAAUUUUCGUGCGUCGACGGAGAAAUACGCCAUGAACGCUUCUGCGGUCCUGUUUAUUUCGUACCAGUCCUCAUCGACAUGGAUUUUAUUUGUCAUCAGGUUUUGUUUCCGGCAAUCGACCCUACAUGCCGAAGAGUGUGGUAGAUGAUCCUGUUUCUGCUCCGACAGACGACAAACCAUCAGUAAGCAGCACUUCUUCACAGGGUUUUGAUUAUAUAAGAGCAAAAAUAUGUUCUUGUUCUCUGAUUUUGAUCCGCUCUCAGGUGAGUUAUGACCCAACAGGGAGUUUGCCCGCCAGAAGGUCCGGAGGAACGCCGAUGAAGAUGCUCAUCGCCCAUGAGAUGUCCAAGGAGACGGAAAAUAAGCAGAAGCCGCCUGGUGUUGUCGCGAGGUUGAUGGGGCUUGACGCGCUUCCAGCGCAGCAGCCAGCUGCAAGCCCGCAAGGUGCUCACCCGCAUAAUAUCACCUUCCUCAGAUGAGGAGGAGAAGCCCUGGUCCGCGGGCAGCAGGAGAAGUCUGCUCAGCAGGAUGUUUGCAAGGAUGUGUACGAGGUGUGGCCUCAACAACCCCAGCCGAGCUAUUGCAGAGACCAGCAGCUGCCAUUGCCGAGUGAGAAGAGGAUGGACCUCGUCCGGCAGAAGUUCAUGGAAGCCAAGCGGCUGGCUACAGACCAGAGGCUCCUCCAAUCGAAGGAGUUCCAGGACGCCCUCGAGGUUCUGAGCUCCAACAGAGACUUGUUCCUCAAGUUCCUGGAAGAGCCCAAUUCCUUGUUCUCGCAUCAUCUGCAGGAGCUCCAGGGCUCCCCUGAGGCAAUGGCGGCGCCUCAGACGAAGCGGAUCACGGUGUUGAAGCCAUCAAAAUCUGUGGAGGCGGAGAACGGCAAGGACAACCCGAGAAGGCACCAUCAUCAGGUUGCAGAAGAUGAUCAAUCUGAGAAGAAAAGGGUCGGCCGGGGCUCCGGCUUCGUUCAGCCCAAGGUGGAGAGCUUGCCCCAGCCGACGCGGAUUGUGGUCUUGAAGCCCAGUCCCAGGAAGCCUCAAGACCCUCCAAAUCCUGCAACGGGAUUCGCCGAUGGUAGAGGAGGAUCCUCCUGAGGGGGUGCUGACCGAUGAUGCAAGAGGAUCGAGAGAUGUGGCGAAGGAGAUCACUCGGCAGAUGCGGGAGAGCCUGAGCGGCAACAGGAGGGAUGACACAUUGCUGUCCUCGGUCCUGUCUAAUGGAUACAUUGGGGACGAGAGCUCCUUCAACAGGUCGGAUAACGAGUUCAUAGAGGACGACCCUGGUAAUUUCAGUGAUUUGGAGAUGGUGUCGCCCCACCUCGCGGUACUCGUGGGAUCAUGUCAACAGAUUUGGCAGUCCCUUCUCUCUUUCUUCUGUGAGUAGAGCGUCUUACUCUCCAGAGUCAUCGGUGAUCAGAGAGGCCAAGAAGCGGCUCUCGGAGAGGUGGGCGAUGGUGGCAUCGGGCGGGAGUAGUAGCAGAGAUCAACAGAGGCAAGUCCGCCGGAGCUCGAGCACCUUGGGGGAGAUGCUCGCCAUCCCCGAGAAGAAGGAAGAGUGUGAUGGAGGGUUUGCUGUGUCGAGCAGCCGGUCGUGCGGUGGAGACCGAGAUGCGAGGCUGCUGGUGCCCAGUCUGUCAACUGCUGAGAAUGAGAUUGAGAGUGACCGUGCGGAGUCCCCGAGGAAGCUUCUCCGGUCGAAAUCUGUUCCUGCUUCUUCUUCGACCUUCGAUAAUGGCAGGUCCAUUGCUGAAGAUUCCACCUCCCAAGUCGAGAAACCCAUUGCUUCAAAAGAUCUCAACAGGCCCAAGAGUGGGAAGACCUUCCUCAAGGGUAAAGUCUCGAGCUUGUUCUUCUCCAGGAGUAAGAAGUCGAACAGAGAGAAAGCCGAUCCAUUUCCCACGGCCGGCGCUGCCGCCGGGGCUCAGUCGGUGAACCCUAAAUGCAAUGCCGAGAGCCUUCCUGAUGCUAUGCGAGGAGAAGCCCCAGUUCCCACAGGGUUGACUUGCAGAGGUUCUUCUCUUUCUCCGUCGGGAAAUGGAGCAAAACGGGCCGCUUCGAAUUCGAAGGUUCGAUCGCAUGAACUUUAUUUUUGUUAAUAAUUAGAGUCUCUUGUUCUUGUUGAGGGAUACGAUUGGAUGAAUUCGCGAAGAACAGUUUCCCUUGUUUCUCUCUUUUGUGAUGAUUUUUUUUUUUUGUAGGCUGGUUCAUCUCAGACGAAGGUCGCAAGAACAGCCGAGAUCACCGGCGAGCAGCCCAGCCCGGUCUCAAUUUUGGAGGUGUCGUUCGAGGAUGAGGCGAACAGUAGCUCCUCUCAAUCCUCUGAGGGCGGCGCCUCCAAUCUGGACUGCCGGCGUGAGUCUCAGGAGACCCAUCUCCGCCCUCCUUCCUCUGGAAAUUCAAUUCCUGCACAGAGAUUUCUUUUUGCUGAUUCAAUCCUUCUCCUGCGCAGAGAUGAUCUCUAGAUCGCCGCCGAUCGAAUCGGUCGCCCGUUCGCUGUCUCACUCGCAGCCGAAGCUCGCGAGGAACUCGUCCAUGGCGGAAGAGUGUCAGGAGCACUACUCGUUCGUGAAGUCACUGCUCUCCUCCGCCGGCCUCGGCGGCGAGGCGCCCCCCGCGGCGGCGGCGCUGGCGAGGUGGCAUUCGCUGGAGAGCCCCCUGGACCCUUCCUUACUGGACAAGUUCUUGGAGAAGAAGGACGAGGACGCCAAGUGCAGGGAGAGGAGGUCUAGCCAGCGGCUGCUCUUCGACGCUGCCAAUGUCGCCCUCUUGGACAUCAGCAGGGCCGCCGCCGCCGCCGCCGCCAAGAACGGCGGAGCCCGGUGGGCCGGCGGGUCAGUGGCGGAGGAGGUGUGGCGGCGGGUGAAGGGAUGGUGGAGUGUGGGCGGUGAGCAGUCGGCGGGGGGGCACAGCGGCCUGGUAGUGGACAGGGUGUUGAGGAUGGAGGUGCCCAGCUGCGUUUGGGGGGAGAUGAUGUCCUCGGAGGCGGAAGAAGUUGGGAGGGAGAUUGGCGGAGAAUUGCUGGAGGACCUUGUUGGGGAAGCUGUCGCCGACCUCCUGAUUCAUCGGAGGCCAUGA